AAAAGCGGAUGCAAAAGCGGUGGCCUUCUUGUAUCGAGCACAGAAAUAAAUGAAAAGAAAGAAACAAGGACGGCAGGAAAGGGCUCAAGAGAUGACAACUGGAAACCAUAUUUUCUCUUUCGUCUGGCUUUUCUCACUCAUAUUACGCGACAGCCGACUCACACGAAGGGCUCCGAUGCGCAUAAGAUGCAAGACGUCUCCCUGGCGUUGCAGUUAAACGUACAUGUUAUAUGGAGGUGGUGGAAGAUUUCAAUCCGGGGUGUGUUCAGAGGGACACCACCAGGAGAGAUAAAACAGUCCCACAUUGACUUUGUAGAGGAUUCAACAUUCCAGAAGCAGUUAGAUGUUGUGUUUGGACCCAAGAUUUUGGAAUACACGUUGUCUCUGUGCCGAGGACAUUUUGACUAUCUGGUGCGGUUACCUGACCAGCUACUCCUUAAAAUCCUUUCCUACCUGCCCCUCCAGGAUAUCGGUCACCUCAGCCAAACCUCAAGCAGGUUUAGGAAGUUGUGUAACUCAGAUGAGUUUUGGAAAAAGACUAUGCAGAGUUAUUUUGGUGUGAUAACUGAAGAUAUGGAGUUGCUAGUCAAGGCCAUGGGCUGGAAGAAGCUCUUCAUGUUUUACUACAGUCAAGAACUGUCCUGUCCGACAGAAGAUAAACCCAAUCCUGCUGCAUCUCCAUGAACAUUUUAAUGCCGUUCUACAGCAAAUCAAUUAAUCUCUCAGUAUUCCAUUUCAAUUCAUUUUUUAUGGUUUGAACUCAGAUUCACCUUUUAUUCUACUGUGCUGUACA